AUGACUGUCGCUCUAUUUGUUAGGUAAUUUAAUCACAUUACUCCAAUAAUGCAAUUAAGAAUAAAGAAACUGUCUUAAUUGUUAAUUGAAUGCUAUCCUAACUGUAUAGAUUAUCAUUUUGGAAGAUGUGUUAAAUGUAAUGAAGAUAAAGGUUGGUACAUUUAAAUUGAUGGAACAUGUAAUUCCAUUUGUGGAGAUGGAAUUGUUGCCAAUUUAAGUGAAAUGUGUGAUGAUGGAAUGGUAACCCAUAAGAUGGAUGCCAUUAAUGUUAAUUUUCUUGUGAUUAAUUUUAUCAUACUUGUGUCAACUCCUAGUGUCUAAAUUGUAAAAAAAGCUAUCGAUUAAUAAUAAACAAAUGUAUUCCAUUAUGUAAUGAUGAACUAUUAGUGUAUCCUGAAUAAUGUGAAGAUAAUAAUUAAUUACCUUUUGAUGGUUGUUUCGAUUUCUAAUUUUAAUGUUGAAUUCAUUGCAUUGAUUGUUAAUAUGGUAUCUGUCAAUAAUGCAAUGAAGAAAGUGGUUGGUAUUUGUAAUAAGAUAGAUUUUGUAAAAGUAUUUGUGGAGACAAUAUAAUAGCUUUUGAAGAAAUAGAGUGUGAUGAACACUAUUCUAAUUGUCUUUGUAAAUAAUGUUAAAUUAGAUGUGAUAUCAAUUGUUUAUAAUGUGAAAAUGGAGUUUGUAUGUCUUGUAUUCAAGGUUAUUAAUGGGAAUUUUCAUUAUAAUAAUGUAUUAGAAUUUGUGGAGAUAGUGUAUUAAUAAAUUAAGAAAAGGUUUGUGAAGAUGGAACUAACUGAUUAAAUGAUGGAUGCUAUUAGUGUUAAUUAAAUUGUUAACAAUCAUGUACUCUAUGUACUUAAACUGGAUGCCUAGAAUGUAAAACUAAAGGAUGGAAAUUGAAUGAAUCAUAAAAAAAAGUGAAACGAUCUGUGAUGAUGGAAUUACAGUAUAAUUUUAUGAAGAAUGCGNAUUAAUGUUUAUGUUUGCCUGGAUAUUAUGAUGAUGGAAUAAAUUUACCAUGUCUUCCUAUUUGUGGUGAUUAAUAAUAGUAGAAGGUGAGGACUGUGAUGAUGGAAAUAAUAACCCAUUUGAUAGUUGCAAUAAUGGUAAAUUUGGUUGUAAUUUUGCAUGUGAUAUAUGCUUAAAUGGAAAUUUUUAUUAAUGUAUUCCUUAAUAAAUUAUUCUAAUUAUAAAAGUGGAUUUUAUGUUUAGAAUAAUGACUGUCGCUCUAUUUGUUAGGUAAUUUAAUCACAUUACUCCAAUAAUGCAAUUAAGAAUAAAGAAACUGUCUUAAUUGUUAAUUGAAUGCUAUCCUAACUGUAUAGAUUAUCAUUUUGGAAGAUGUGUUAAAUGUAAUGAAGAUAAAGGUUGGUACAUUUAAAUUGAUGGAACAUGUAAUUCCAUUUGUGGAGAUGGAAUUGUUGCCAAUUUAAGUGAAAUGUGUGAUGAUGGAAUGGUAACCCAUAAGAUGGAUGCCAUUAAUGUUAAUUUUCUUGUGAUUAAUUUUAUCAUACUUGUGUCAACUCCUAGUGUCUAAAUUGUAAAAAAAGCUAUCGAUUAAUAAUAAACAAAUGUAUUCCAUUAUGUAAUGAUGAACUAUUAGUGUAUCCUGAAUAAUGUGAAGAUAAUAAUUAAUUACCUUUUGAUGGUUGUUUCGAUUUCUAAUUUUAAUGUUGAAUUCAUUGCAUUGAUUGUUAAUAUGGUAUCUGUCAAUAAUGCAAUGAAGAAAGUGGUUGGUAUUUGUAAUAAGAUAGAUUUUGUAAAAGUAUUUGUGGAGACAAUAUAAUAGCUUUUGAAGAAAUAGAGUGUGAUGAACACUAUUCUAAUUGUCUUUGUAAAUAAUGUUAAAUUAGAUGUGAUAUCAAUUGUUUAUAAUGUGAAAAUGGAGUUUGUAUGUCUUGUAUUCAAGGUUAUUAAUGGGAAUUUUCAUUAUAAUAAUGUAUUAGAAUUUGUGGAGAUAGUGUAUUAAUAAAUUAAGAAAAGGUUUGUGAAGAUGGAACUAACUGAUUAAAUGAUGGAUGCUAUUAGUGUUAAUUAAAUUGUUAACAAUCAUGUACUCUAUGUACUUAAACUGGAUGCCUAGAAUGUAAAACUAAAGGAUGGAAAUUGA